AUGAUGAAGUUAGUGAUUUGGAGGAGGAUAUUAGUAUUGAAAUUGAACAAGUUGAUGAAGAAAUUAUGCAAGCUAUACAAAAUAUGAGUUUUGAAGAAACAGUUGCAAUAAAUGAAGAAAAUCUAGAAGAUUUAGAAUUUUCUCAGCAAGUUAAAUUAAUUUGUAAAGCUAAAUCAGAUGUAUGGGAAUUUGUAGAUGAAGAAACUCGUAAAUGUUCUAAAUGUCCUAAAAUAUUUAAACCAAAAACAGCAACUACUUCUAUUCAUGCUCAUUUGCAACAAAAACAUAAUCUAUUAUUAAAAGGGAGUUUAACUGUUUUAUCCAAAAAACAUUCACCAAAAAUUCAAGCAGAAAAAACUCAAACAAUUCUUAAUUGGAUUAUUUUAACUCUUAAGCCAUUUAAAGUAAUUGAAGAAAAAGCAUUUCAUAAUAUGGUUCAAAAAUUGGAUUCAUUUUAUCAAAUUCCUGUUC